AAGCACGUCUUCUGUUUGUUUUAAGGACGUUUGCCAUUAUUCACUGCUGGAUGUUCGUCUUUGGAGAAAAUUCAAUUGACUUAACCUUCUUCUUCGAAUAGGAUGCUCUUCUUUAACUGAUAAAAAUAUUUUCUUCAUGACCACGACUAGCUCCUGAGAAGCUGGGUUUGGCUAAAAAUGAAUUUGAUCACAUGAUAGACUUGGAAGUAAUUUGACCAUGCGUCUUGUACAUAGUCCCUAAAAAGGACAACAACGGUUGUCGUCCAGCUGGUGACUAUCGGCGAUUGAAUGAGGAAACUAUUCCUUAUCGUUACUCCUUUCGCCAAAUCCACUAUUUGACAGAUACACUGAAAUGUACAACUGUUUUUUUUCGGAAAUCAACGUGGUUAAAGCGUAUUACCAAAUUCUUAUGGCUGAUGACGACGUUCCAAAAACGACUAUCACCACGCUCUUCGAACUUUGCGAAUUUCUGUGCAUGUCAUUAGGUUUAAGAAGUGCUGCACAAACCUUCCAGAGAUUCAUCGACGACUAAUUUUGAGGUCUCAACUUCAUAUAUGCGUAUGUUAAUGACUACUUAAUUGCAAGUCCGGACAGAGAAUCUCAUUCCCAGCAUCUGGAGUUUGUCUUUGAACAACUUCAAAACAUGGAGUUAAUGUAAACGUUCCGAAACGCCAAACAGGAACCAAUUUUAUAGAUUUGAUCACUCUUGCAUAACGAACCCGCUGACCGCUGUGGACGGACGAGCACCCGCCCUUGCUAGCAAGAGAAGGUUUGAUGUGACGCACCUGAUAGGUUCAGCCACAUACGUCUGUAAGAUCCAUUUUGAAUGUUUUGUGUGUUUGUGAAAAUCCCUCCAUGUAUAUACUUGUACUUUGUUCCUAUUGAUUCCCUUAGUUGUACAUUGUUGUAUUUUGAUUACAUUUGAGUUGUUAAUACUUGUAUUUUUUAUUAUAGUUUUUGUUUUCUUACGCAUUCACUAAGUUUGUGUUUCUUCCUGAACUGCAUCUGUGUUGUUUUACUUGACACUUGUUCUUGGCGGUAGCCAUAUUGAUUUGUUCCUCCUGUUGUGUGUGAUCUAUCCAGCCAGGAUAGAAUAACGUUGAUUUGUUGUGAUUGGUAAAUUUCUUGCAUCCUUUAUCAACUUUCUUAUUUAUUGUAAUUAGAUUUGAUCAAUUGAACAAUUAUUGGUUGGAUAGCUGAGUGGUUAUAUUUGUUUAGGUAAUAAUGUACACUUAAAUUUAUGAUAAAUUAUAGAACCGCUAUCUUACCCAAUUCCUUUGUUUUGGUUUCAAUCGGGCGAGGGCGCGUAUCUAACUCAUCCAGACAGCUGUCCAGCAGUCCAAACGUAGUUUGGAUCUUACAGUUCUAAACAAAUAUUUGGUCGAAUUCGUUUGGCUUUCGUUUCGUUGAUUCCAAUCAUCGUCUCUGGGAAUAUCUGGUCGUUCGCUUCCGAUGCCAAACAAUCGUCGAAGGAAAUUAAGUCCAAGGCUCGUGGAUGUUAAAAGAGAUGAACAAAAGGAUGGAUCCCCUCAAUCAAGGCAAGUGCCUUCUGAUGCUUCUAUGUGUCAUGGUUCAUAUUCUAAUAGGGACGAUUGUAAUUAUAGUGAAUCUAGUUGUGAUAUAAUGGCAAAUGGCAUAGAAAACCUUAAUUUAGACUUGAAGCAAGCAAAAGGCGUAAGGCCUACGGCGUUUUUCAUAGGUCCAGAGUUACCAAAGGUUGAGUUAAGUUAUUUCGACGGUCAACCAAGAGGUUACUGGAAGUUUUUAAGGGAGUUUGAGACCUAUGUGGAAUCAAGGGUCAAGGAUGAUGGUCAACGCUUGCUUUAUUUGAUGCAUUAUUGUAAGGGUAAAGCGAAAACAGCCAUUGAGGGUUGUGUUAUGUUGGAAGCCUCUUUUGGUUACAAGAAGGCCAAGGAAAUUCUAAAACGGUUGUUCGGACAGGCGCAUGUAAUCGCUCGGGAGACUUUAGAGGACUUAUUCAAAACUACAAAUGUUGAUUACAGUGAUCCUGAGCAACUAACAAAUCUAGCUAUUAGGAUGGAAAAUUGUUCUAUGGUUUUGAAACAGAUGAAGUACACUGCCGACUUAAACUCUUUAAUUACCUUAGAGAGAAUAGUAGGACUCUUACCUCAAGUUAUGCAAGCCCAGUGGGCGGACUGGGUAGAUGAAUUGACUGAAGAUAAUAGAGAACCAACCUUUGAUGAGCUUACCCAAUUUAUAGCAUCCCGCGCGAGGGUAGCUAAUAGUAGGUUUGGACGGUUAGCGAAUCGUCCGAGAAAGGGACACAACUUAAAGACAAAUUGUCACUUGCAAUUGGAGCAGGCGAAUAAUUCGAAAGAGAAAGCUAAAUGCAGUGUGUGUUCCCUGGACCAUGCUAUUUAUAAAUGUCCAAAUUUUUUAGCGCUUACCGUUCAAGAGAGAUGGUCUCACGCGAAGGUUAAUGGCAUCUGUUUUGUCUGCCUCAGGCAAGGGCAUAAAGUUAGUGAAUGUAAGCUGGCAAAACGUUGUAACGUUGAGGGUUGUGAAAGGAAACACCAUUCUUUGUUACACAGCGAGAGUGAGAAAUCUGGUACCUCGAGUUGUUGCGGAUAUACUAAAUCACUAAUCAGUCAAGUGUGUUUAGGCAUGAUUCCCGUACGGUUGAAAUCGCGAAAAGCCGAGAUUGUGGGUUAUGCUCUGUUGGACAACGGUUCUGAUGUGACACUGAUAAGAUCAAACUGUUUGAGGUCUCUCGGGCUGAGCGAAGACGAAGCAUCAGUGGUAGUUGAGACUGUAGGCGGUAAUAGAACAAUGAAGGUCACGAGUGCGCCUUUUGAGGUAUAUUCUUUAGAUCAAUCUGAACAUGUUACUAUUGAAGGAGCUCUGGUUGUAGCGAGUAUACCAGGUCAUAAGCCAACAAAAUCAGCAAUGAACAACCUAGUUAAGUGGCCGCAUUUAAGUGAUGUGCCAAUAGAUAGCCUAGACUCUGAAGAAGUUUUACUGUUGAUUGGUUGCGACGUACCAGAAGCACAUUGGGUGUUAGACCAACGGUUGGGUGGAAGGAAGAACCCGUACGCUGUGAAAACGUUGCUGGGGUGGACGGUUUUCGGACCCGCGUCAUAUUCGGAACAUAGGAAAAGAGUUGUUAAUCAUACCAGUAAAUUACAGACUUUGGAGAACGAAAUACGUAAACUUUACGAUGUAGAGUUUUCUGAUGAUAAUUCAAAGGAUAAAUCAGUAUCAAUAGAAAAUAAGGCGGCUAUAAGGAUUGUGGAAGGAGGCACACGCUUCGAAAAUGGUCAUUUUGCAGUUCCUGUACCAUGGAAAGUGAACUCAAAUAUGAAAGGGAGGAAUUAUGAAGUGGCAAACAAUAGACUACAGAGCGUGAAGCGUAGAUUGUCGAAAGAUGACCUUCUGUAUAUCAAGUAUACCACAGGUAUUGAAAGUAAUUUUAUUCAGGGCUAUGCGGAGAUCCUUGAAAUACAAUUGCGACCUAGUUAUCACCCCCGGUGGUACUUACCUCACCAUGCAGUUUUAAAUCCGAAAAAGCCAGCAAACUUUGCCUUGAAUAAGACGGCCCAAAUAUUCUCUGAUGGUUAUGUUGUAGAUGAUGUCAAGAAUAAUUUCUAUGUUGAUGAUUGCUUGAUAUCCAUUCCCACUUGUAAUCAAGCAAAGAGUUUCGUUAAACAUAUAAGUGAAUUAUUAUGUAGAGGAAGCAUACAGAAAGUGACUUAUCUUGAAUAUUGGUUCGAAUGCCCUACUUUAUUGCAUGGCGAAUUUUAUAUAACAAUCACUGACUGUCCGGAACAUACUCCUGACGCUAUUGAGCUUAGAAAAACUGCUGUGGGUAACUUGAGUAGUAUAAAGUACAACAUGUUACCUAUUCUCUCUUAUUAUUCCGAGUGGUUGAAAUUAAUCAGAGCUGUAACCUGGUUUAGAAGGUUCAUCGAAUUCCUGAUGGUACAUCGUGCACCAAGUUGUAAAGGAUCCGUUCAUCUAGGAUGUUUAAAGGUUGACAUCGCCAAGUGUAAGAAUUUAUUGAUGGUUCAAAGGGAAGUGUAUGGAAAAUUAUUUAGUGGAUUUAGAAACAGCAGUAAAGUAGUAAGAUAUGAUCUGAAAGGCUUAUCACCGAUAAUGCUUGAUGGGUUACUCUGUGUUACAGGUCGGCUAAGCUACUCCGAAUCCUUAAAUGCCUUUAAACAUCCAGUAAUUUUACGCAGUCGACACUUAGUGACGGAAAUGAUAAUUAGACAUUAUCAUAAGGAACCAGGACACAUAGGAAGGUCAUUAGAAAAAGGAUAUAGAUAUGUGUUUACUUGUUUGCAAACGUGGGCAGUACAUAUUGAACUGAUGUGUAGUUUGAUUGCUGAUUCAUUACGUUUUAUUGGAAGAAGAAGGAAACCUCCGGAGAUUUACAGUGACAGUGCGUCAAGCUUCGUGGGGACAGUUUCCGAGUUAAGAAGGGUUGUGCAGCAGUCGAAUCAGCAGAAGAUAAAUAUUGAAUUGUCAGCGAGACCCUCAUCCAACAGCAUGGCUGGAGUUUGGGGAAGAGUGAUUAGGUCUAUACCACGACUGUUAUUGUUGAUCACCAGAGAACAGAUGAAGCAGGUCUCCCUGAAGCUUCGGGUUAGUCUUUUUUGUUAUUAAUGUAGUUAGGUCGAGUAGGCGUACUGCUGUAAGUCCUACUCGUUCCUAUAGUGUAAUAUGCUACAUAAUGAACCAUGACCAUAGGCAUCAAGGUAGCUUGUGUGGUAUGGAGGGAUUUUGGGGGCCGGUGUAAGAUCCAUUUUGAAUGUUUUGUGUGUUUGUGAAAAUCCCUCCAUGUAUAUACUUGUACUUUGUUCCUAUUGAUUCCCUUAGUUGUACAUUGUUGUAUUUUGAUUACAUUUGAGUUGUUAAUACUUGUAUUUUUUAUUAUAGUUUUUGUUUUCUUACGCAUUCACUAAGUUUGUGUUUCUUCCUGAACUGCAUCUGUGUUGUUUUACUUGACACUUGUUCUUGGCGGUAGCCAUAUUGAUUUGUUCCUCCUGUUGUGUGUGAUCUAUCCAGCCAGGAUAGAAUAACGUUGAUUUGUUGUGAUUGGUAAAUUUCUUGCAUCCUUUAUCAACUUUCUUAUUUAUUGUAAUUAGAUUUGAUCAAUUGAACAAUUAUUGGUUGGAUAGCUGAGUGGUUAUAUUUGUUUAGGUAAUAAUGUACACUUAAAUUUAUGAUAAAUUAUAGAACCGCUAUCUUACCC